GAGGUCCAAAAAGACCUUCUUAUAAAGAAAGAAAGGAAGAAAGCAAACCCAAUUGCAAAGAAGCCUUUUUUUUACCUUACUUUCUGGUUUUACUGACCCUUUCUCAUCAUCAUCCAGGGCCAAACCCACCUUCCAUAAAGUAAAAAAAGGGUGCACAAAAGAGAUCAUAUCCAAAAUCUUUGUGCCCAAUUACCACCAACUGCGCUGCUUUGAUCUUUCCGAAGAGGCAAGUUGAGUAUUUUUUUUCUCUUUCAGGGUUGUCUUCUUUGUGAGAAGUUUGGCCCUGUGAGAGAAAAAAAGAAAAGGGAAAAGAUUAAAAGAAAGAUCUUGGUUUUAUUCUGUUUUGAUGGGACCUUGCUGGAGCAAUGGCAUCAAGUCUGUGAGUCCUUCUAGCACAGGAGUUAAUUCGAGGAGUGCAAGCAGAAAUGGAAACGAUUUGAGUGGUUCAAGCAGCAAAGUAUCUUCAGCUUCUGUACCGCAAACUCUCCGGAGUGAGGGUGAGAUUUUGCAGUCUUCAAAUUUAAAGACUUUCACCUUCAGUGAUCUCAGGACAGCCACCAGAAACUUCCGGCCAGGUAGUGUGCUAGGAGAAGGUGGAUUUGGUUCUGUCUUCAAAGGAUGGAUUGAUGAGCAUUCACUUACAGCUACCAAGCCUGGUACUGGCAUCGUAAUUGCUGUUAAGAGGCUCAACCAAGAAGGACUCCAGGGUCACAAGGAAUGGCUGGCUGAAAUCAACUAUCUUGGACAAUUGCAUCACCCUAAUCUUGUAAAGUUGAUUGGUUACUGCUUAGAAGAUGAGCACCGGAUUCUGGUAUAUGAGUUCAUGGCUCGGGGUAGUGUGGAGAGUCAUUUAUUCAGGAGGGGGUCGCACUUCCCACCACUUUCUUGGGGCGUCCGAAUGAAGGUUGCACUCGGUGCUGCCAAAGGACUUGCCUUUCUCCACAAUGCCAAGCCCCAAGUCAUAUAUCGCGACUUUAAAACUUCUAAUAUCUUGCUUGAUUCGAAUUACGACUCAAAACUCUCUGAUUUUGGGUUAGCUAGGGAUGGGCCAACUGGUGACCGGAGCCAUGUUUCCACUAGGGUCAUGGGAACCUAUGGAUAUGCUGCUCCAGAGUAUCUAGCCACAGGUCAUUUGACUGCCAAGAGUGACAUAUACAGCUUUGGAGUUGUUCUUCUAGAAAUGUUAUCUGGCCGACAAGCUAUAGACAAGAACAGGCCAUCUGGAGAACACAAUCUAGUGGAGUGGGCAAAACCUUGCCUGACCAAUAAACGCAGAAUAUUCCGUGUACUAGAUACCCAUCUCCAAGGCCAGUAUUCAUUGAAUCAGGCCCAAAAGGCGGCUGACCUUGCACUUCGGUGCUUAGCAGUAGAACCCAAGUUCAGACCAAGCAUGGAUGAGGUGGUAACAGCGCUUGAGCAGCUUCAGGAGCCAGGUGACAUGCCAAAAAGCAUUCAGAAGGAACAUCAUGUGAAUGGUCAGAGCCAUUCAAAUGGUAAACCGACCACUUAUCCAAAGCCUUCUGCUUCACCACUUCAUGUUAGAUGAAAACCUUUUGAUGCAGCAGCAAUUUCUUUCCUGAUUUGAACAUCCAUAGGAUCUGUUUCUGGGAUUUAGGCAGGGAACAAAACCAUGGUUGAAUAGUGUACAGUUCUUUCGUGUAAACUAUUUAAAUCUACAUCCAAAUUUGAUCAAGCUCAGAUAUGAGAGCAUGCAUGAACAUGAUCUCGGUUUUGCUAAAUAUCAUACCAUCAUGAUAGAAAAAGCAAAAGAAUUUACGUUCAAGUUUGUAUGAAAAUGCUAUUGAGUUUAUUUCCGGCUUUCUUUGGGGGUUUUUUUUUUUUUUUUUCCUUUCUUCCUUGGUAUAGGGGCUUGUAUGCCAAUGUAAUUAAGCUCAUUUGAGACACAAUGUAAGAAUCUUCAUUUUGUUGUAGUCCAUAUGAUGUUUUGAUAUGUAUCUCUUUUCUCAAUUAUUUCAAGUUCUGUUAUC